GUGAGCCACUCUGAGCACCUUUCGUCCUCCCAGUUCCGCCGGACGUACAGUCGGGAUUAACGCGGCGUUGUUUUUACGCGCCAUUUUCGGCUGGCCGACUCGGCUUGAUGGAGAGUCCACUUCCGAGGUGGCGUUGAUGUGAAGCCCGGCCACUCCUCCUUGGGUCUCCUUCAUCGGCCCGGGAUAAUGCUGCUGCCGUCCGACGUAGCGCGGCUGGUCUUGGGAUAUCUACAGCAGGAAAAGCUUUCUAAUACUUGCAGAGCUUUCAUAUUGGAAAGUUGUGAUCUAAAGGAGUAUGCCGAGCACAGUACCGAGGAUGGGGUGGUUCCUGCUUGUUUACUGUCACUAUUUGGAAAGAACUUGAAAACUAUUCUUAACGAAUAUGUGGUUAUGAAGGCAAGAGAUUCAAUGCCAGAAGCACCUGCUGUGUUGCCAUCUUUGUGGAGGAAAUUGGAGUAUACUCUUUCUCAAAUUAGGAGCUUGCAGCAGAGCUCUGUUGCACUUGCUGCAAACCAAAGAGCUCGAACAAAGAAUGCUUUGAAUGAAUUGAGACGCCAAGGGAACUGUUCUUCAAGGCAGAUGCCCAGGGUUAACUCUGGCCUCUUGGCAAUUUCUUCUCAAACAGAGCAGAGGAUUAUCACACCUUUAUCGGCAAGCCCAGUAGUAAUCGCACACGGUUCUGGAACCAGUCCACUCAUUCCACAAACUCGACCAGAUGGUUAUGCGAACCAAAUCCGUUCACAAGAUGCAAGUCGACCUGCUGCUAAUUCAACUGGUGAAGCUCUUCACAUUGUUGUUCCUGGACCUUAUGAUCGAAGAUUACAACCUGAACAUGUUUCUCCAGGGAAGCGAAAGUGUGAUUCUCCUCGUAAAAGAAGUGGCUUUGUAUCGGGACAUAAUUCAGCUACCAGAAGUGUGGAGAGUGAAGUGGAAGAAUGCCAAGUAGAAAUGGCUGCUGAAAGUUUUCCACAAAGAGUAAUUGAAAACGCCAGAGAGAAAAUUUUGAAAGACCGAUCUCUACUAGAAAAACUUGCGGAAAAUAUUAAUAAAGUUAUGUUCAGUGAGACUGGUGCUGGACAUCCUCCAAAGCCACCUGACAGUAGUAGUACUUUACCGGAUCAGUCCAUUGAUGAAAUCCUAGGCCUAGGGGAUGAAGUCCACAUGUCUGAUGAAGCUAUCCAGGAUAUCCUGGAGCAGACCGAAUCUGAUCCAGCAUUUCAGGCUUUGUUUGAUCUUUUUGAUUAUGGUAAAUCUAAAAAAGGUGAAGAUUGUGAUAAAGGACCAUCCAGUCAAAACAACAUGGAAAUAAUGGAAAAUGGUGCAAGUGUAUCCUUUCCGGGCACAUUUAAUACUUUUCCAACUGAGGAAUUGGGUAUCUUGGUACCUUUACCUUCAGCAGUCUCUGAGAAAGAGUCAAAUAGUUACACACAGAAGGACAAAGAUGAUGGAGCAAUGCAUAUUACCAGAAUACCUAUAGAAUCAAAUUUAACUACAACAUCCAAAAUAAAAGAAAAUCAGAUUCUUCCAAACCUCAGUAUAACUGAUGCAAACAAAUCUGUGACUUCAAUCGACAGUCUGAGUUCCAGCCCCCAGGCAUCCAAAUGUAGCUGUUGGGUGGCUGGAGAAGCUUCUUCAAUGUCAGAUCGUCCUUCACCUGUUGCUGUAAUCCACACAACUGUGUCAGAGUCACAAGGAACUGGGGACGUUGCUGAUAUGGAAACUGAGACCCAGUCACCUUCCGCUGGUAAUGGAAAAACGGAACCGUCUCCAGUUGUGCAACAGCAGCUCUCUGAGGAAACUCUGGCUAUUGAGGAGUUCAGUAAUCAGAAUGAGAAUGUGGAAUCACCAUCCAAAAUUACAUGUCAAAAUGGCAUUGCUUCAGACAUUAAUGAUAUGCCUUCAGAUUGUGUUAGUAACGAAUCAAAAGCAGAUACAAGUCAACAUAAGCUUGAAAUGCCAGCAAUGAAAGCUCCCAGUGCUACUAGAGCAAGUGUUGAGGCUGCAGCUGCAGUUUGUGAUGUACCACCUUCAACUUCUGAAGCAUCGGUUCAGUCAACUUUUGCAGUUCAGAAAAGUUCUGCAUUUGAGCUGCCUCCAAUGGACAGAAGAAACCCUUUAUUGAUUGAUUCUGAUGACACUUUUGUUACUGUGGUGCCAAAUCAGCAAAAUCUUGUGUACACAUCAGGAAUAACUAGAAGCCCUGCUUUAACCACUGCAACACAGUCUCAAACUCUUAUUUCUUCUUACCCUGAAGCAUCAAAUAGUUCUGCUGUAAGUUCUAGUUCAGUGAACAUUAAAUCUGAUGGGAAAAAAGUGAACAUUGUUUCUGCAGAAGUAGAAUUACCUGAUCGAACAGAACCAGUUUCUUCCUCAGUAUCAUCAUCCAAAUCAAAUUCUGAGGGCAAGGCUACAACCUUACAACCAAGCUUUGUUAGUUCAGGCUUGAAUCCUGCAACUGAAAGUGUUUCAACUAACAUGAUGCCCAAGUCACCCAUCACUGCCACUUCUGCAAACUCUGAUGUUAUCUCCACUUCCAAAGUUUCAAAUGCUGAACCUUCCAGCACCAUGGAGGUAGACCCCACAAAUAUAGUAACGCUCAAAAUAAUUAUAAGUGAUGAUCCCAAACAAUCUUCAUCUGAUACAGAAUUAAAUAAUGCUGUGUCCAGUAUUACAAAUGAAAACGUACCAACAAUUGUGUUGUCUUCUCCAGGUGGUACACCCUUAAAAGGCAAAGAAUUGAGUCAACAUUCAAGUAACAAUUGUGUUGCUGUUACAGAAACCAUCUCCAGACAUAAUUUAUGUGCGAGAAAUAAAGAAACUGAAAGUGCUGUAAGUAGUUUGGAAAUGCCAGAGGAGCCUGAAAGCAGUGUGCAGAAUGUUGUGUCAGCUGAUCUGGAAACUAUGCCCACACAAAGCACUGCCUCUAGCAAUGUUACAGUUAACAUACCACCUCAAUCCAACAAUAGUCUGUCCACUCAAAAUCCACUUAGUUUAAACAAAGACACUGGGCUUAUACAAUUAUUGCCUGCUGCUACCACGUUUGGGCAGUCCAGCAAUGUUCUGAUAGCAGCUUGCGUGCAAGAUUCUGCAGGACAACCUUUGAUGAAAGGAGAUGAAUCUAAUAAUGGUAACACAUUCAUUUUGGAUCACCGUGGAGGUUCUGCAAAUGUCUUGAUGCUACCAAGCAGCUCUACUUCUGCAACCAUAUCAACAUCAGUUCCUCAGGCUUUAGCUACACCUCCAAGGCCAAGCACUGUUUUUACCAUGGGACAGCCUGUGUCUUCAAGUUUUUCUCAAGGUUCAACUUUUAUUAUCACAUCCCCUGUUCAGCCGAUGCUGCAAGGAGUAAUGGGAAUGAUUCCAGUUUCAAUAAUGGGUCCAAGUAGUGGAACCUCAUUCACUAUGUCACCCCAACAGGCUCUCCGUAUGCCAGUAUCAUCUUCACUUGGCAAAAAAUGUAAUAGGUUCAGCAAACUUCCCAUUUCGAGGAAACCACCACAGUUAGCAGUUCAACCAAGCACCUUAAAUACAGGAUCGACACCUGUUAUUGGCACUUUGAUUUCAAUAGAUACAUCAAUAACACAAAAUACAAACCAGCUCCGGAGGAGUGAAAAUGCAGAUCAGAAUGUUCCUCCUGUAGACCAAGUCGGAAAGUCAAGAGAACGACCAGUGGAGAUAUCCAAUGCAUCAAGCUCAAAAUUGAAAGCUCAGCACCAUAGACGAGUGCUUUGCUUUGAUCGUGCAUCCUCCACAGAAUCAAUCCAAUCAACUACGGAAUCCAAUACUAGUCAAGAAAAAAAGGAAAAUCGUGCAGAUAAAAGUCAACCAGACCGACUGUUUGUUUUCCAAAACAAGGAGCGAUCUGAAAGGACAGAUGCGGGAGUUAAUAAAGGGAGAGAAGUACAGAACAAGUCAGAGAAGAAUAAGAGUUCAUCUUCUGGACCACUUUAUGAUUCAUUCCACAAAGCAACAGCAAAUAAGGAAAACGAAGCAAUCCAGGAUCAGGUUAGACAGAGAAGUAGAGAAGCUUCAGAUCUUUCAAAUGCACAAAUGCAGAAGAAAGGUGCUCAAAAUGAGAGACCUAAUUCUCAAACAGAUGUUGUGCCCAAGGAUGGUGUAAGCAAAAUUACCCAAUCUGAGUCUCAUCUAGAAUGCAAAAAAGUAAAUACUGCUCUUGUGGUCUCCCAAGAAAUUGCUACUAAAAGGAAUACAGAUAAAAAUGAUAGUUUUAGUCUGACUAGCACACUGACCAAACAGGCAGCUGAGAUGCUCCAAGACAUGCAGAGGCAAAGCCCUAUCUCAAAGCAAACUAGCAACGGUGACUUAUCUGUGCCCAGGACACCAGGUUCUGCCGUACAUGAAGGUCUGGAUGAUUGCACAGAUGUUCAGCAGACUCCACAAAACAAAGGACUUGGAGAUGAAAAGGCAUCGCCUAGAGUAAUGGUACCUCCAACAACCCCAGACAUACCAACAUGUAGCCCAGCAAGUGAAGCAGGAAGUGAAAACAGUGUCAGUAUGGCUGCGCACACACUCAUGAUUCUCUCAAGGGCAGCGAUUGCAAGGACUACUGGUACCACACCUCUGAAAGAUAAUACAUGCCAAAUCAGAUCGCCACUCAGCCAGACAAAGAAAAGAAAACUAGAAGAACGGGAAGAGGAAUAUAGACAGCAAUCUUUAUCCAGCAAGACAGACUUUCAGAGUUCCAAUUCUCCUGGAAGGAAGAAAAGGUCAAAAUCACAUAAACAUAAGAGAAAGAAACACCUCGACUCCUUUCCUGUUGAAAUGGAUGUAGAUAAGUUUUUGAGUUCGCUACAAUAUGAUGAAUGACCAUGCAGAAUUCAAUAUGGCCUUAAAGCUCAACUGAUGAACAUAACGACUCUUGCAUCCUACUCUGUUCACUGUACUCGCUGAUUUUCUGGUAUUGUAUUAUUGACAUACAAAAUUCUAAAUGAAUUAUAUCAGCACUUAAAUUGCAAUUUAUACUAGGUAUUUGCAAGGUCACCUUUACAUUGGAUAGUUAAAGAGCAAGUAUUGUAGAAAGUGAUAACUAAACUUGCUUGUUUUGAACUGUUGUAUAUUCUAAAUUACUAUUGUUUAAAGCUGUCAAUGUGUAAAUACUGUAAAGCUUUGAACUGUAAUUAUAAAUCUACCUUAAGGAAGUGGAAUUACGUGGAUGUCUACAGAUUUUCUUGACUUGGGUUGUUUCAGAAAUAUUAGUACUAAAAUAGCUUAUCAAGAAAUGUUGGUGUUAACACCAGUUCUGGUCCUUAAAUCUUUUGUAUGUGGCCAAAGAUCCCCUUGCUCUCACAUUAACUUUAAAAGGGACUUGCAAAGGGUAUAGGAACUAAGCUAAAGGAUCUGUCUCUGUUAGAGCUACUUUCAUUAUAAUAAUGAAACAUUGGUAGAAUUUUCACUGAUUAAGUAUCUUGUUUCUGGACAAAGAACCUUCAGUCAGUCUGCAGCAAUUCUGAGAAAGCUGGUUUCAAUGGAUUUGAAAAUAUGGACUAGUUUUGAUGUCAUUUUGUGCACCAGAAGUACUAGAGCUGGUUGUACUGACACAAUCCAAUGCCCAAAUUUACCCGAGAGAAAUAUCUGCUCUAAGCAACUGUUAAAGAAUUUCUUUUCACCUGGAUGAAAAUGUUUGCAAGCUUCUAAAA